GUUUUGGCUGGGACGGGUGAAAACGCCCAGCGCAACGCAUAGUGUGACGGUUAAUUUGCUUGACAAAAAUGUGAUUGUGAAAUCCAAAACCUGAUUUCCCUUCUAUGAAAAUUGUGUCAAAACGAUAGCCGCAAAAAAUUAUAUUACAGUGACCUUAAUUGGGUGCGCUGAAAAAAUUAAGUAAAAUACCGUUCAUCUUCGCUGAGCAAUAUACAACGCGAAGUGAUAAAAUCAACGCUCCCAGCAAAUCGGCGAAGUCGUCAAUUUUUGAUUAAAUAAUAGCCGAAAAAUCGUAAAAUCGUCGAAAGCGCACUCGCACCUUGUUGAGGUGCAUAAAUAACAACAACAACCAAUCUUAAUAAAAUAGUUAAGCUGCAUUGCUGACGUAACAGGGAAGUGCAAUCGAAACAAAAUUGAAGCGAACGUAACAAGUAAAAAGCAAACAAAAAAUAUUCAUUCAAACGAAUUAAAUUAGCGCACAAAGAGUCUGAGUAAAAGAAAAAAAACACAGCAAAAUAGAUUGCAUUGAACACACACAAACGCACACAUAUAACACCUAAUCACAGCGAACGCAAAAAAUUCCGCAAAAAUCCGCAAUGUAUGCGCUCUACGGUAAACGAAGAAAAAGCGCCAACAAAAUGCCAGCAACAACAGCUACAACAUCAGCAAAGCAUUUGCGUAUAUUGCUGCUCAGCGCAUUUUGUGCAUUACUUUUGGUCGCCGCACCAGCGGCCAAUGCUCAGGAAUUGCCGAGUAAUGAUGCAAAUGUACUUGUAGCCGCCACAACUGUGCCUAGUAAUGAAGCUGCAAUUGUAACAACAAUGCGCGAUGAGGCCACCACAGCACUGCCGGUAAUCGCUGCCGCGGAGUUCGAGACUGGCGUGAAUGCAACGUCUUUACAUGGUGCCGAGACUGACAUGAAGACGUCUACAGAUGCCGUGGAGCAAUCCACUGACGCUGUGUUGAGUGACGUGAGUUCAACGACUGCUGCCUCAUCAUCCACUCCUGCUGUUGCAACAGCAACAAUCACAACAACAACAACAACAACAACGCCAGCAUCAUUACACGAUGAGGCACAAUUGUUAACUACGACGGAGGCCGCAGCCACGAUGACGUCAGCAUCUGCGGCAACAGAAGUGGGUGCGAAAGAGGAGAGCACUAAUGCGGCGCACAAAAUGCAUGUUGUUGAUUCUGACGCCAAUUCCACUGUAGCCUCAUCAACAGAGGUUCCGCUUCCUGCAGCAGAGACCACAUUAUCGGCGCAACAUGACGACGCUGCUGCGCCGAGCACGGCCACGACGAACAACAGUGCGCCUGCGCCACCAUCCGGCUUACCGGUGACCACAAUAGAACCGAUCGCCACUACCGAGCCAACGACCACGCCCACUUACGAAUAUAGCAGCGAGCGACAGGCAAAGGAGCAUAAAGAACAUGAUGUCGACAUUAGUGCGCAUCAAACUAUUACAACAACAACGACUAGCGCAACGCCCGAACUGAAUGAAGCCAUCGUAGUACCACAUGUAUUGGCCGAGCAUGCGCAUCAGAUUAUCGAAGAGGAGAAGGCUGAGCACAAUCACAAUCACACACACUUGACCAAAUAUGAAGCGGAGCAUAUACAACACAUACACGGACAUCAUGGACACGAACACACACACGAACACGAACACGAGCACGAACACGCGCUUGAUCACGAGCACGUACAGAGUGAUGAUGACGAUCACACACAUCAUGAUGAACAUGCGCUACAUGACCACAUCGCUGAAGAGCACUCGACGGAGCAUGUGAUCUCCUCAACUGCGAAUGACAUUUUUGCCGAGAACAAAGAACCCAGUCAACCGUUAGACAUUCAGCCUGUUGGCGGUGUCAAGAGUGAAGAUAAUGAGCAUGACGCACACAACGAAGAGAAGAUAGUGCACACGCCCGCUGAAGUGUUGAUCAAUCAGAUAUCACAUGAAUUCGAAGAGGACAAGGACCUGAAUAACUUUCGCCAUCCGGCAACUCUGAUCACUGCCAGCAAUAGCGAUGAAUCGAUGAUGGCCGCAAUGAUGGCUGCAGCAAUGCAGAAAGAAAACGAAAGUGAUAGCACAGCUGCAGGUGCUGCGGGCGACGCAGCCGGGGCACAACACGAAGACGAUCCAUAUCACGAGCAUAUAGUCUCCGAGCAACACGAUCGCUUGGCGGAGCAAGAAGAUUUUAAACUAAUUGCCGAGGACAUGAGCAGUUCCACAGAAGCGGCCACCGAGACGACAACCAAAUCAACUGGAGAGGAUGUUGCGAAAACGAUUAGCACCGAAGAGAGCAAAACAAUUGUUAUGCCAGCAAUGACUGAGUCGAACUCGACAAAUGAGGAACGUGGACGCGCAAUGAAUAUUGUGCACGAAGAUGCUAAAGAAGAAGUGUCCGCAACAACAAUAAAAUCUAAUGCCAUUGAAGAACCAGUUGUGGUGCCGAUGGUUGAAGGACAGUCUCACGAUCAUAUUCAUACGCACGAUUAUAUGGACGCACAAACAACGCCAACAAUAAUGCCACGCGACAGCAUGGAACACAAUAACAACAGCGCUGAAACGCACAACAACCAUGACGAAUCACCAUCAACACCAUUCCCACAACAUUUCUUCUAUCAUGGCGAGGGUCGCUCUGUGGGCGAUAGCAUUUCGGCGGAGAAUGAUGAUGUGCCAUUGAACUAUCAUUACCACAACUUUGUGACCACAGAACGCGACAACAACAACAACAACAACAAUAAUAAUAAAAGUGUUGUGCAUAAGAGUGGUGCUUUGGUUGACUUAAGUGAUAUCAACAUGGACGAUGACGAUCAAAUGGAUAUGACGCACAACGCCUACGAACAACAACAACACCAGCAACAAAAAUAUGAACAAAAUCAGCCUUUGGCAAACAGCCCAAACAAUCAUAGCGCCAAUGACGAGCUGCAACAAGAGCAUGAACAUGAACAUCAGUUGAAGAUCACCGAGGUUACAUCACCGGUGGUGGGCGCGGCCGCCAUGCAUCAAGACUGCACCGGCAGCGAUGACAGAAUGUACAAGAAUGGCGAAACAAUGAAUCGCGGCUGUGAUGAGCGUUGCACAUGCAAUCGCGGCGAAUGGAUUUGUGAACCCCGUUGCAUGGGUAACACAUUCAAACUGGUUGGCGGUGCGCCACAUAUGGAUGUGACUCACUGCCAGCAGGUGGCUGUGGAUGAAUGCUGUGCGACCAUGGAAUGCGGUCUCUUGCCCACAAUGAGUGCACCAGAAUUGAAUGCUGAAGGUGGACUGAAUGCCUCCGCACAAGCGCCGCGACCCGAUUGCCACUACAAAGGCAGCGUGUACAAAUUCCGUGAGCGUCUCGAAAUCGGCUGCGAACAGAUCUGCCAUUGCGACGAGGGUGGCGUAAUGAAUUGCAAAUCGCGCUGUCCGGAACGCAAUCACACGCGACUCGACAAGUGUGUGUACGUGAAGGAUCCAAAGGACAUCUGCUGUCAAUUGGAGCUGUGCGAUGUCACGCUGGACGAUCACGAGCAGACGGCCUCACCGCCGACGGCACAAAACUCGAUUGGCGACGAGCAAUAUGGUUCCGAGGAGGCGCGCGACCUGUCCGGUGCCGGUGGUGAAGAGGCGCCCGAUUGCGAAUAUAAAGGACAACACUAUCACGACGGUCAGCAGUUCCAUGACGGCUGCGAACAGUUGUGCAUUUGCACGCAAGAAGGUGUGCAUUGCGCCAAGCUGCAGUGUCCAUCCACAUUCGGUUUGGAUCUAAUGAAUCCGCAUUGUUUGCGUUGGGAACCGGAACCGGCAAAUUUUGAAGCGAAAGCGCCCAACUGCUGCCCGGAGAAGAUGCGCUGCGUGGAUAAUGGCACGUGUAACUACUUGGGUCACACCUUCGACAAUUGGUCGCCCAUACCAACCAAUCUAACUGGCUGUGAGCAGCACUGCUAUUGUGAGAACAGUAAGGUGGAAUGCCGUCCGGCCUGCCCGCCAGUGCUCGCACGGCCGCCACCCGAUUUGCCUUGCCAUCUGGCGCAGGCGCGCAUUUUACCCAUACCCGACGACGAAUGCUGCAAGCAUUGGGCCUGCGCACCACUGGCGCCCAAACUAAGCGGCGGUAGUGCUGAUGGCGAUGAAACGUUGUCCACACUGGCGCCGCCCAUGCAUGCCUUCAAUACUGAAGGAAUUCACGCAACAUCCACCGAAGAGCCAGACAGCAUCGGCGGCAUAACGGCACACGUCUCCAGCGAUAAAAACGAUAUUUAUCCGAGCAAAGCACAUGAGAAACCCUCGGGUCGACCCGGUGACGCAUUCUAUCCCACCAUCGAUGGUAAACCGCCGAAGAGCGCCUCGCCUUAUGGUGAUACGCGUCCCGAGAAACACGAUAAGCACGAGAAGUUUGUUAAGAAACCGGUUAUUGUGAAACCGCAGCAAAAUGAGGUUAAAUACGAUGUACAUGAGCCACAAGAUGAACACGACACCGUGCCACCCGGUUUCAUACCCAUACAUUUAGGCCGACCUGGCGGUAUUGGCAACAUUGUAAACUAUAAUCCGCAUGCACCAACAGCCAGCCAAAAUGGUCCCUAUGGUUUCUACAAUCCAGCACAACCACCGAAGGACCGCUUUGAUCCCUAUAAUUCCUACGAACCGUACGAUAUCAGCCCCAAUGGCAUCGCACAGGGCAAACCACCCGCCCCAACUAGUCAAUCGGAUUUGUUUAAUAUCUUGGGUGCAGGACCACCAGCCACACAUCCAUCAGGCAUUGUGCCUGCUGGAGGACCGCCUAGUCCACCGCCCGGUUUCAAAGGUGCACCAGCCAAUUUAUCGCCGCACGUGCGCAUCGAGCACAUUUUGCAGCACUUGCAGCACACGCCCGUACAGGGUGCCUACAUCGCGGGCUAUGGGCAUGGCAAUGAGAGUGGCGCCAAUGGUGAAUUGCCACAGCAGCAACUAAUACACCAUCAACAACCGGGUCCACCACCGUUGCAUCCACAAUAUGUGCCCAUCGUGCAUAGUGGCUUGCCACCGCCACCACCACCACAUGGUAUUGCGAUUGUCGAUGGCCAACCGGUGGCUUAUGGCGGUUUUCCAGUGGUCCCUGGCCUGGGACAGCCACCACAUAACCCCCAUACGCAUCCAGCAAAUGUGCCUGGCAACAGCAAUACUAAUAAUAAUAGCAAUUUGCUGCAAAAUCAACAAGCACAGGAACAAACGGCGAGUGGUUCCACCACUUUUGCGGCGACCACCAGCGCUGUGGGCUUAACCGCGCAGUCCACCAAACACGGCGUGCUACCGGCCAUUGCAGCCACCGCAGUGCAUCCCAGUCAAAAAGGCUUCAACAAUCUGCAAAGCGGCAUUGAAGUUCUCAAUCUGGAAGCCAUCGAUCCACGGACCAUACGCAUAAUCUUCACCGUACCGCCGACUUAUGUUAAUCUGCACGGUCGCGUUGAACUGCGUUACACAAAUGGACCCGGCAACGAUACCACUACUUGGGAACAACAAAUCUUUGCGCCACCCGAAGAUCUGAUUGCCACUUCACAGAUGGAAUUUGAUCUUCCCGGCUUGGAACCGAAUUCGUUGUACAAGAUUAAGAUUACACUUAUUUUACGCGAUCUAAACUCACAACCGACAAGUCCGAUCUUGACAGUUACCACACCUGCCGAUCGCACGAUUACACCGCCACCACAAAUCUCAGAUUAUCGUCCAGAUUUCAAGGAUGUGUUCAAGAAUAUCGAAGAUCCAGAGUUGAAUGUUAGCGAGACAAACUCUACAUGGUUGCAAUUAACAUGGAAGAAGAUCGCCGAUGAGCAACUCGAAUAUGUUGAUGGUAUACAGUUGCGUUACAAAGAGCUAACCGGUCAGAUUUAUUCAUCCACACCGCUGGUGCAUCGCACACUCACCAGUUAUACAAUUGAGAAUUUGCAGCCGGACACUGGUUACGAAAUCGGUCUAUUCUAUAUACCUUUGGCGGGACAUGGUGGUGAGCUCUUGGCUGGUCAUAUGAUUAAAGUGCGUACCGCGCCUAAGGUUGAUGUCUACAACUUUGAUGUUAUGGUUAAUGUGACUAAGGUGAAGUCGCAGAGUGUUGAGGUCUCUUGGAACGGUGUGCCAUAUCCGGAAGAUAAAUAUGUAAAUAUUUAUCGUGCUAUCUACCAGAGUGAUGCUGGCAAGGAAGAUUCAAGCGUUUUCAAGGUAGCGAAACGCGAUAGUACCACGGGUACGCUGAUUAUGGACUUGAAACCUGGCACUAAAUAUCAUCUCUGGCUGGAGAUGUAUCUAACAAAUGGUAACAUCAAAAAGAGUAAUGUAGUGAACUUUAUGACGAAGCCGAGUGGACCUGCGACGCCGGGAAAAACUGGAAAACUGCUCACAGCAAGUGCCGGCGGUGAUCAACCAGCCGGUGAUUAUUAUGGACCGCUGGUAGUCGUGUCAGUGGUUGCUGCCUUAGCAAUUAUGUCGACAAUUGUGCUGUUACUGAUUUUAACCAGGAGACGAGUACAUCAGACAGCGUCCAUAACGCCACCACGAAAGAGUGAUGCGGCCUAUGAUAAUCCUUCGUAUAAGGUGGAAAUACAACAGGAGACAAUGAAUCUGUAGCAUUUCUAAGCUCCACAGCUGCGUGCGAACUUUCUGUCCAAAGGCCAGGCCGCCAAAAAGCUGCGAAUCCUAGUUGUAUUAGAAAUUAGGAAUACAUUUUUACAUUAUUAUUUGAUACAGUUUCUUUUUUAUCAUAUCUUAAUUUUAUUCUAUUUUAUUUUUGUUUAAG